GGCUCACGCGGGCAUCGGGCGCGCGGUUGUAGCUCCCUGACGGCGGGAGAAGUCGCGCUCGCGACAAGGGACUUGUGUUUGCAGUCGCGUGGUCAUGGAGGCGCCGCUGCAGCCGCUAGCCGCGACGACUCCGGCCUGUGGCCGGAGCCGAAGGCUGCUGCUGCUGCCGCUGCUGCUCUUCUUGCUGCCCGCCGGAGCUCAGCGAGGCUGGGAGGCAGAAGAGAGGCCCCGAACCCGCGAAGAGGAGUGCCACUUCUACGCGGGUGGACAAGUGUACCCAGGGGAGGCGUCCCGGGUUUCAGUCGGCGACCACUCCCUGCACCUCAGCAAAGCCAAGAUUUCCAAGCCAGCACCUUAUUGGGAAGGAACAGCUGUGAUAAAUGGAGAAUUCAAGGAGCUCAAGUUGACUGAUUACCGUGGGAAAUACCUGGUUUUUUUCUUCUACCCACUUGAUUUCACUUUCGUGUGUCCAACUGAAAUCAUCGCCUUUGGUGACAGGAUUGAAGAAUUCAGAUCUAUAAAUGCUGAAGUGGUAGCAUGCUCUGUGGAUUCACAGUUUACCCACUUGGCCUGGAUUAAUACCCCUCGCAGACAAGGAGGACUCGGGCCAAUAAGGAUUCCACUUCUUUCAGAUCUGACCCAUCAAAUCUCAAAGGACUAUGGUGUUUAUCUGGAGGACUCAGGCCAUACCCUUAGGGGUCUCUUCAUUAUCGAUGACAAAGGAAUCCUAAGGCAGAUUACUCUGAAUGACCUUCCUGUCGGUAGAUCAGUGGAUGAGACACUGCGUUUGGUUCAAGCAUUCCAGUAUACUGACAAACAUGGAGAAGUCUGUCCUGCUGGUUGGAAACCUGGUAGUGAAACCAUCAAACCUGAAGAUGUCAUGAAAGCCUGGUGGCCAAGAGAAGAGCUAUAAUUCCAGAUCCAGCUGGGAAACUGAAGUAUUUCGAUAAACUCAACUGAAAAAUACUUCCUCAGGUUUCAAUGCUUGAAAGUCCUCAAUAAAGUUCACCGUUUUAGUACCA